AUGGCAGACAUCGAGGAGGAGAGGGAGGGCGAGGGGGAGGGGGGCCAGUCGACGCAGCCGAAUCCCAGGGCAAAUAAUGGCUCUCCCAAGUCAACACCCUCGCCCGGUCACAGUCCCCACCCCUCGUCGCCGGACACCACGAUGACAACACCCGAGCAGCAGUCACCGGGGGACGACGACGAUGAUGAUGAUAUCUGGGACACAUCGUCGGCAGACCACGAGCACGGGGGCCAAGGAUCUGCAUCUCCCACGCAACUACUCUCGAUGGAGGUUUCCCAGAGAAUCAGGCGCCGCGACGAGAUGCUCAGCGACGUGCCCUCCCUCCGCCGCCAGCACAUGACGGACGGGUACCGCGAGGGUCUGUCGGUGGGCAAGGCGCGGGUCAUGCAGGGCGGGUUUGACGCCGGGUAUCCGGUGGGGUUGCGCGUGGGGGCGGUGCUGGGGGUUUUGGAGGGCGUCGUCGCUGCCCUGGUGAGUACCAAAUCCCGCUCCGGUGGGGGGAGGAGGAUGGGAGAGGCGGGGCCAAGUUCUUCUCCGAGAACAACAACCACAACAACAAUAAUGAGUACUUCUCCGGAACGACCCGGAGGGUCCUCGCGUAGGUUUGUUGCUGUUAGUCGUCGAGAUGAGCGCCCGGGCGGAGGCGGAGAUGGAGACGGAGACGAUGAGCUGGCUUUCAUCCAACGCCUCUACGCCCGCGCCCAGCAAGAGCUGAAGAUCGCAGAACUGCUCAAGGGGUUAGAUGACGAGAAGAUUGCCGCGAUUCCAGAUGCCAGAAUUGGCGGGGGUGGUGGUGAGCAGGAGAAGGACAAGGACAAGGACGAGGAGGAGACGGAAGUGGAGAACAAGGACAAGGAGCAAGUCGACAGGGUAGGUGUAGGAGGAGCUGUGCCUGCGGAGAUCGAGGCGGUCAUUGCCAAGUGGGAGAAGAUCGUGCUGGGUGCUGCCGGCCUGAAAGGGGACGAUGCAAAGACGAAGAAAGCAGGACAGUAG